UUCAGGGCCCAGCAGAAAACAGGCAAGGCUGACCUUGAAUUCGAAUGACUUGUUUACAGGCGUGAGAGUGGAAUGUUCUCCACUUGAUGGUGCGGGUUUCAAGCCCUGCAUGGGGGCGAUCCAGCGAGCGAUCCUCGUUUCAAAAGCAGGGGGAGCUCCAAGAUCAAGGCUGAGCUACCUUCCCCUUGGGCAUGGUCUCCCAGCCCCCUCUCGUUUGGGGCAGGGAGUUCCAGACAUGCACACGGGGCUGGAGAAUCCCGGGAGCAGACACCGGGCCGGCCCGUGCGGAGCAGCGUUCUGGCUCUGAGCUCUGCUCUCCCUGGAACCACUGGGUUGCCCACCAUGCCUGCUGGCAAGAGCGAGGGGACGGACCCACUUAUCGCCAGCAACUUCUGAAGGUGACACGGAACCCCAGGUAACCCCUGACCACCCCGGCAGGCGCCUGUGUUUGUCAGAUAAAUUUAGCUCCAAAGUCCAGAGCGGCAGAGAGCCAGGACUGAGAGAUGGGCCAGUCACCAAGAACAGACAUGAGGCCAGAGAUGUGGUGCAUUGUCCUGUUUUCCCUUCUGGCACAAGUCUCUGCUAAACCCACCAUGUACGGGGAGAUCCUGUCCCCUAACUUCCCUCAGACAUACCCCAAUGAAGUGGAGAAAGUUUGGGAUAUCGAAGUUCCAGAAGGAUAUGGGAUUCAUCUCUACUUCACCCAUCUGGACAUCGAGCUGUCAGAGAACUGCGAGUAUGACUCCGUGAAGAUCGUGUUAGGGGACCAUGUAGAAGGGAACCUCUGUGGACAGAGGACCAGCAAAAACCCCCAGUCCCCGAUUGUGGAAGAGUUCCGGCUCCCUGUCAACCAGCUCCAGGUGAUCUUCAGGUCCGACUUCUCCAACGAGGAGCGUUUCACUGGCUUCGCUGCCUAUUACGUGGCCGAGGAUUUAAACGAAUGCACAGACUUCGCUGGUUUCCCUUGCAGCCACUUCUGCAACAACUACCUUGGGGGUUACUUCUGCUCCUGCCCACCCGAAUACUUCCUUCAGGAAGACAUGAAGAGUUGUGGAGUCAAUUGCAGUGGGAACGUCUACACUGAGAUGGUUGGGGAGAUCACCAGUCCCAAUUACCCCAAUUCAUACCCAGAGAACUCAAAGUGUGACUAUCAAAUCCGAUUGGAAAAGGGGUUCCGAGUGGUAGUGACUGUGCAGAGAGAAGAUUUUGAUGUGGAACCAGUUGACUCAAAGGGCAACUGCCCUGACAAUUUAGUUUUUGUUUCAGGAGAUCAGCAGUUUGGUCCUUACUGUGGUAAUGGAUUCCCCGGGCCACAAACAAUUGAAGCCAAAAGUAAUACCCUUGAUAUUUUCUUCCAAACUAACCAAAUGGUGGAAAAAAGGGGCUGGAGACUUCGCUAUCAUGGAGAUCCAAUCCCCUGCCCGAAGAGGAGCACUGCCAACUCCAUCUGGGAGCCCGCAAGGGCCAAGUACGUGUUCAAAGACGUGGUGAGGAUAACCUGCCUGGAAGGAUUCGAAGUUAUACAGGGAAGUGUCGGCUUGACCUCUUUCCAUUCUACAUGUCAAAGCAACGGGCAGUGGAGCAAUUCCCAUCUGCAGUGUGAACCCGUAGACUGUGGCCUUCCCAAUCCCAUCCGGAAUGGUAACGUCAAGGAACCUGAAAACACUUUGUUUGGGUCUGUCAUUCGCUACGUGUGUGAAGAGCCAUAUUACUACAUGGAAAGUGAAGGAGAUGGAGUGUAUCACUGUGCGGCCAACGGGAGCUGGGUGAACGAGGUGCUGGGCACGGAGCUGCCACAAUGUGUGCCAGUGUGUGGCGUCCCUCAGAAGGUCUUUGCGGGCAUACAGAGGAUAGUUGGAGGCUCCCUGGCCGACAUCCAAAGCUUCCCCUGGCAAGUCUACUUCCCGCCCCCCGCGAAAGCCGGCGGGGCCCUCAUCGACGAGUACUGGGUGCUGACGGCUGCCCACGUCGUGGAGGGGAGCAGCGACCUGCAGAUGUACAUGGGGACCACGUCGGUGCAACCCUCUCGUUUGAAUAAUGCCCAGGUGCUCACCGCCGAGCGCGUGUUCAUUCACCCGGGCUGGAAAGCGGUGGAGGACAUAAACGCCCGGAAGGACUACGACAAUGACAUCGCACUGGUGCGGCUGAGGGACCCGGUGAAAAUGGGACCCAAGGUCUCCCCUAUCUGCCUCCCUGGCACCUCCUCCGAGUACAACCUCCGGGCGAGCGAUCUGGGCUUUAUCUCAGGCUGGGGCCAGACAGAGACUAGAUCCCAUGUGUUCAGGCUCAUGGCCGCCCAGUUGCCCGUCGCCCCCUUAGCCGAGUGCCAACGGCACACACACACAGGUUCUGAGAGCACCUACGUCUUCACCGAGAACAUGUUCUGUGCCGGAGGAGAGAAAGGCGUGGAUAGCUGUAAAGGGGACAGCGGGGGGGCUUUUGCUCGGCAGGUUCCCGAUGUCGAGACCCCCAAGUUCUAUGUCGCCGGCCUGGUGUCUUGGGGCCCCAAGUGUGGGUAUUACGGUCUCUACACACACGUCAAGAAGUACCUUGAUUGGAUCGUGAAGACGAUGCGGGAAAAUAAUCAGCCUGCUGAGGAUUAAUCCGCGGACACGCCACGGCUCCGCCCCGUCUACUGCUUUUCGUUCUUUUGCUAUUUCCACGGCCCCACCGUGACGGAGAGAAGGCACGGAAGAAGAAGCUUCUUUGGCUGCGAUCGAGGUGCAUGGAGCUGGGAGUAUCUGAUGGUGACCUUGGGCAGGUCGAUCGAUGGGAGGUCUGGGUGUGUGGGGUUCUCUCCGCUGAGUAUCCGCCAUGGAUCACAACACGCAAGUCUGGCAUUAGUCCACGGUGGCAGGGGGUAGGGAGGGGGAUUCCCCUUUCCUGAUGAAUGAGGGCCCUGGUCUCCUAGUUCUGACUCUGAAAUUUAUGUUCGAUUGCUUUAAUUCCCCUUUGCCAGCUUGAACGCCUAUCUACCUUGUCAUUCUCGGUGUCUGCUAGCUACUUAUAAUAAAACAUGUUCAUCAACCCGU